CACUGUCAGUGUGGCAGCGCCUGGCUCCCUAUUCUGGAGACUGAAGUCUGAAGGUUUCCUUGUGUCUGGCACCUUCACAGGCUUCAGGAGGGAAGUCUCUGCUCCUCAAACGUCCGCGACUUGCAACCACCGCAGCGCCAUUGCAGAAGUGCUAGUCUGUACCAUGUGGAGUUGUGCUGUACGGAAGUCAUGGCACAUGGCGCCUUUGGCCGCUCAGACUGCAGAAAGAAGCAUUCUGAAGCGGGUGCCCUUUUUGCAAUUGCCGCAGGUUCUUCCAAUUGGGUCUUCAAGCUGGACAGUCCGGAGGACACUGGGAAGCAAGAGUGGCAGCGGAGCACGGGGGGCCGGGAAGAGCUUGUGGUUGGAGGAUGCUGAUCCGCAGGAAAACGAGCAGCAGGGGCAGGAUCAGCGCAGAGGGGCUGGCGGCGGUUGGAAUGAUAACGGUCGUAGUGGUGCUUACUCUGAACGUCCAACCAGACGGACCAACAAUGACUGGAAUGCUGACGGUGGUGCUCGUUCUUUUAGAACAUAUGGGGCAGAGAAAGACCUGAAUACAGGUUCGCGACCACCACGCAAAGAGUACAUUGACGAAUGGGGACAAGUGGACGACCGGGAGACCGCGCCGGGGCCCAGCGAUCGUACGGGGGGCAGGGCCAGCACGUCAUACAAUCGUAGCAGCGACUCACGUGGAGGUGGUGCCAGGCGGCGCUCACAGACGGCAGAGUGGGAUGGAGAAUGGGGCGAGUACCUGGACAAGGUUGAGAGGAGGAGGCCGGCAGGCAAGCAAGGGCAGGAGGAAAUGGAGGAUUACAUGGCAGAGGAGGGGUACACGAGGCAGAGGCGAGACUUUGCCAGUGAGCCAGGGGCUCCAAUGUGGGACGAUGCUGAUGGUGGUGGUGGUGGUGGUGGCAACCAGUACGGAAGGAGGCCAGCGGGGCAGCAAGGGGGCAGAGACAGGAUGAGGCCAGGAAUCAGUAAGUACAACGAGCGAGGGAGGAGGGGCGGGGAGCAGCGGUCUGCGAGUAGCAGGAGGGACGUCAGCGGUGGUGGUGGUGGUGCGGCGAGCAGAAGCCAGGGGCAGUACGCAGAGCCAGAGCGGCAGGCUUGGGGCGGUGAGAAUGAAUGGGGCAGGCAGGACUACCGCAGGGGGCGGGGGCGCCCUGGGGAGGAGGAGGAAGUGGGUCCUCUAGUGCGGGGGGGCAUUGAGCUGAGCGGCGAGGUGCUGUAUGGGGUUGCGCCAGUGCAUGCGGCCAUCCGCGCGGGCAGGCGCGAGCUGUUCACGCUGUAUGUGCAGGAGAACCUGCGGCCGCGCAAGAAGGGCGACAAGGCCGCGGUUGAACGCAUCAAACAGGAGGCUCAGGCAGCGGGCGCGGCGCUCCGAGAGGCGUCAAAGCACACGCUCAACCUAUUGGCAGACAACCGGCCCCAUCAGGGGCUGGUUCUCGACGCUGCCCCCCUUGGCUUCACUGGGCUGGACGAGCUGCCCCCCCCGCCAGCCGAGGCGGCCCCCUCAGCGGCUGCCCCCGUGUGGGUGGCGCUGGACGAGGUGGUGGAUCCCCAGAACUUUGGCGCGGUGCUGCGGUCCGCCUACUUCCUCGGGGCCGCCGGCGUGCUCACGUGCGCCAGGAACUCCUCGCCACUCACGGCGGUGGUGAGCAAGGCGAGCGCGGGCGCCGCGGAGGCGCUGGAGGUGUUCAGCUGCGACAACAUGCCCACCACUCUCGAGCUGGCGGUGCAGGACGGCUGGCGGGUGCUGGGGGCCAGCGCAGACCCAGAUGCGCCACUUAUCACGGAACUGCCCAAAGGGGUCCCCUCCAUUAUUGUGCUAGGCAACGAGGGCGUUGGCCUUCGGACGAACGUUCGUCGAGCAUGUUCUGGGUUCGUUCGGAUAGCCGGCAAGGGCACGGCCUUUCCCAUCCUAGAUGCUUCCGUUCAGAACGAUAGAGAUGAGGUCGACGUAGUUCAAGGCGAGGGUGAUGACGACGGCGAUGGGAGCGACGACGAAGGAAUCCACGAGCGACUGGCUGACAGGCGCGGGGAUGUGGUGGUAGAUUCAUUGAAUGUGAGCGUGGCAGCCGGCAUCCUGCUCCACGAACUGCUGGCGCCCCGCCCACUUGCCAGCGUGCAAUCCAAGGUCGGGGCUGGAGCGCAAGUCGAGGAAACGAAGCAGCCAGACGAUGUGCUGGCGCAAUUGCUGAGUAGCCAAAGUUCAUGAGCCCCGGGGUUGCCAUUCAGUACUCUUUGAAGAGGUUAUUUCCAUACUUUAGUCGGCUCCCUUAAUCUUUCAUCUAGCACCGUGACGAAGUGCUUUUGGAAUCUACUACCGCAUAGGUGCAAACAAGCAAGAUCAAGACUGAAUUUGGAGGUGAUCAUCGAUGUCCCAAUCAGUUCCGAGCUUUGGCCUG